CCGUCGAGCGGCAGAUUAAGUUUGGUUCCGGAACAUGUGCUUUCUCCACGCGACACACUAAUAAAAAAUAUAAAAAUAUAUUUCCACCUCUUUUCUUUUGGAUUAAAUUGAAGAAAAAAGCUGAAUAUUAAAUAGUUGUUAGUACAUCAAUUUAUCGAUGGAAUCUGCACGGAAGAUGGAACAGAUCGCCCAAAAUAAUCCGAUUGCGAUACAAUUUAACUCGACGGCGAUGAAUUCUCGUGCUCCAUGGGGGACAAGUAUGGUGCAGGUCGCUCUAAAUAAUCCAAUUAUUUUGACUCAAAUCCUGCAACAGGCCUACACCUCGUUGAAAACUUGUCGACUCGUCUCUCACUUUUGGAACGACAUGGUCCUCUCCCUCCCAAAUACGAGACUCGCGUUAAGGCUCCGAAAACUUCCCCUCGCCGAAGACAAUCUCUUCCAGUUUGACACCAGCGAAGAAGAUGACGACGAUGAGGACAUUGACCCCGGUCCCGUUCCCUUUCUCACGCUCUGCCUAACGUUAGAUGCCCGACUUGCGAAACGCAUCUGGGCCUCGAGCUCGGCGUCUUCUCGAUUGGCUCCCAAAACCAAAAUCAACUACUUUGGGACAAAGUUGCUCCACGUUUGCGACAAGUUUAGCCAACGUGUACAAAUCCUAGAAAUUUCCACCCAUUCGGAAGACUACUUACCACCGAUUUACCACGUUUUGAAGAAUUGCUGUCCAAAUUUGACCCAGUUGAGAAUCAAGGUCACACCAGGAACGGCAUCGUCGAAUUACAGUAUUUCUGAAAUUUUAUUCCAUCCACUAUCCCCGAAACCAAACUUGACCACGGUGGCCGUCACUCUCAGCAACCCCCGGAAUCUUGCAAGGUUUUCGAUUCUUCCCCACGUUACACAGCAGGUGGUCCACUCGGCGCCGAAUUUACGAGAGAUUUUCCUUCCAGUCGGAUUCUAUCCAGAUUUCGCAAUUUCGCCUCAUCUCGAAACCUUAGCGAUUGGGCAAGACCUCUUUUGCCGAACAGAAUCCUCCAAUAAGUCUGCCAUGUCGAUAAUGUUGGCACAAGUGAGCGACCAUUUGAUCAAUUUGAGCCUGGGGAAGACAGGGAUCCAAAACAUUGAGAGUUUCGAAGUCCUCUUGCCUGGGAUGGCUAAAUUGAAGAUGUUUCGGAACAUGAUGGUGGACGUUUUUCGAUGCGGCGACUUCUUCAAGAAUAUCGCAGGCUUGAUGCCCUCUCUGACCAGGAUCGUGGUUGGAGAAGCGUUUCAAUGUUCGAAAGGUGUCGAUGAAAUUUUGCAAAAUCUCCGAAAUUCGGGACAGAUCGUGGCCACCGUGACGGAUCUGGUGCUUAUUGGUGUGCACGAGGUCACCCUGCUGGACGGAUUGGAGACCGUGUUACCGAACGUGGCCGAGUUGAAGGUUGAUUCGUUGUAUGAGGCGAGAAUCCUGUCUGGCGGUGGUGGUGGUGGAAGAAGAUGGGGGUUUCCUUGGGGAAAGUGUGACACCGAGAUGGGCGCCGUGCUCGCAGCGUGUCGGGGUUGGAGGGGGUUGAAACAUCUAAAGUUGGGCGUGUCCACGUAUCCUAAUGUCGAGGAUAUGAUUAAGGAUCUGCUGGAUAACAGGGAAUUGUUUAAAGAAAGAUUAAAAACUUUGGAAAUUAGUCUAAUGAAGUGCAUGUAUUAUCCGACCCACAACUUGACUCAGGGCGAGAUGAACCUGUUUGAAACUCUCCUCAUGGAAAUGCGCGACAUGAACGAGGUCACGAUCUUAUUCCUUUACUUUGGCGCAGAAUCCCGUAAGAAGAUGCUGGAUUUCAUGGUGUCCAACAAAUUGGAGGUGUCCAAGUUUAAGAUGUUUCAAGGAGGAAAAACGUGUCGUGACGGGGAGUGAUUUUUUGAUUAAAUGAUGACCUACAUAAUUUAUUUGUUAUACAUACGUUAUAUUUAUUGCUUGUUAAGUUAAACUUGUUACCGGUGUAAAAUUUAGUAAAGUUUAGUUAGUGAAUCAAAUCUCUAGACAAAUUUCACUUUAUUGAUGGUUUAUUUUUAUUUUUUAUGGUUAUAAAGUUAGAUUAGAAGUUUAAUUUUUUUCUUCUGUAAGUAUACAGAUACAGAUAUGUAUGCACGUGCAUAAUUGUGAUUAAUGAGAUUCGUAAAAUUUAAAUGAAAUCUUGCAGAUUUUGUUUUUGACAAAAAAUUUCGAAAUAAAUGGGAAAUUAUGCAAAAAAACACUAA